AUGGUCGCGGAGAAGUCCGACCAGGGCAGAUCCGCAGGCUCUGCCCUUGCUGAACCUAUCUACGAAGCUAUACCCCCAAGCUUGGUCUCAAGCAAGGCUGCCGUCACGCCAACUAUGUUGGAAUUACUAACCCAACAAUCUGGAUUCCGGCAAUAA